AUGUCAGCGUUAGUCACUCUCCUUGUCCUUCUUACCAUCCAUUCCGCUGAGACAUGUGACACUUUCAAACCAAUCAAAAACUACGUGCUGACUGGUCACGUGAUUAAAACCAUGCGAGACGCCAACUUCGAGAAAUGUACAUAUCGCUGUGAGCUUGAAACCAAAUGUUUCAGUAUUAAUCUUUACACAAAGACCAGCAAAUGUGAAUUGAACUAUGGCAGUAAGGAAAUGUUUCCAAGUGAUUUCAAGGAGGAACCGGAUGCUCUUUAUAUUCAUAACAUCAGAAAGGACACCGGUGAUCCGUGUAAUGCGCUGUACUGCUUGCACGGCGGCUCUUGCCAUCCGUUUCCACAGCCAAACUGCAAGUGCCCCGUGGGAUUCGUGGGAUCGAUCUGCCAAAACAUUAGUAAGGACUGAAUUAUAAUUUUUAAUAACACUUCUAUAUUAAAUUUUAAGCAUCGGCAAAACUUGUCAGCUCGCUAAUACAUUUUCCUGUAGCUUUAUCCCUAGAGGCCAUUGGAAUCCAAGACAAUAAUAUUAUCUUUGACGGUGAACUUACGUCCAGUACAGCCGCUGUUGGCCAUGAAGCAUGGCGGGGCAGGCUACAUGGUAAGGGCAGCUGGAAACCAGUUUUAAGUGACUCGGACCCACGCUUCGAAAUCGGCACUUUCGAUCCAGCUGUGAAGAUAAGUUACAUUGCAACUCAAGGAUCUCCUGAUCAAGACUGCUGGCCGACUUCUUUCACGUUGCGAUACGAAACCGCUGGCCAAUCAAAAGAAUACCCCCAGGUAAGUAAGACAAUUUCGAUUUAGGAAUUUAUCGCAUGCAGUUAUCCAAAAAAGAAAAAUUGUAUUAAUUUCUUUUUCAAUUGUAUAGCAAAUCAAAGGUUUUAAUAUUUCCCUUCCAUCUUGGUUGAAAAUAUCCUAGAACAUUGAUCUACCUCGAUAUAAGCGGUUACAGUGAUCGCUGGUGCUAUUACGGUAAGCGUCCACCAAAUUAAGCAAUUUUGACGAAAACAUCCCAAGUCGCCAAUUUAAAUAGAAACUUAAGCUGGGUUUGAGCGAGUCUGCAAAAAAACCUACCUUCCGUACUCAAAAGUUGGUUAGAUUGUAUCAUUUUCACAAAACCGAGAAACGCAUGCGUAGUGUUAUUAAGUGAGAGCGUGAAAACCUGAUAUUUCUUGAGUUUCAGAAGCAAAUUUAAGUCGCACAGACAAAAGUUUUGGGGUUCCAAAUCGAUCUCAUAUUUAUUUUCAUUGAAAACCUUUCUACUUUCAGAUCUUUGCAGGCAACAUUGACAGAAAUACAGUGAUAUAUAACCCCUUGAAACCGGCUCUUGGCAACGUGUCGAAAUUAGUUAUCAGACCAGUUUCCACGAAUGGCUGCAUAGGUCUUAGAUUAGAGCUUUAUAAAUGAUGCUGUGUUGGAGACGUAUGAUAAAAGAAACAAAGCCAUCUAAACAGGAAUUGAAAAACGGAGAUGUCUGUCAUCUGGAAAUGGCGAGUUCAAAACCAAAUUUAAACUUCUGGAUCUUUCCUCAUUAGGUUAUGAAAUGCUUGUAAGAGGUCAAGAUUUGCGCUGAAAUUUUAUCUGUCCUUACGGCAAAUACAUGACACAAAGUUUAUAGAAACUUCAUCCAAACUAUUAACCAGACAUUUUUCGUAAUUUAAGCUUCAAUGAAACAUUAUAUUAAAUGGUACUUGAUAAAACUGUUCCUGUCGAGCUGCUUUUCUAAAAGUGGUGACUUCACUGAGUUUACUCGGUAUCAUUUCGAGUAAUCGGUAAUUUAUCUAUAUAACUUAUUAAAGCUGUCAAGAAAUUCAAAUCCUAAUGGUAUUAUUCCAUCUCUGGUGCGAAUGAAGCUGUUCACUUAUCUAUCAAGUACUGGAAUAAACCAAAUUUUAUCCACGUCACGGCC